CGUCAAUUGUAAAAAAAAAGAAGGAAAAAAAAAAAAAAAAACGAAGAGGAAAGAAACGGCGCUCAACAAUAUACACACCAGAGGCAGACGGGAAGAUCCUCCGGUCUCGUCCGCUCGCUCGCUGGCGUUCUUCUCUCGCGGUGAUUCUUUAAACCCUAGCUGGAACUCCAGCGAAUUCAUCUCUGAGCUCGAGCUGAUUCUCUUCCUUCUCCAUCCCUACAAAUCAUCGAGCUUCUGGUCAAUUUGUCCCUGCGAUGGUGGUUUGCAAAUGCCGAAAGGCUACUAAAUUGUAUUGUUUCGUGCACAAGGUUCCUCUUUGUGGGGAAUGCAUCUGCUUUCCAGAGCAUCAGAUAUGCGUGGUUCGUACGUACUCCGAGUGGGUAAUAGAUGGAGGGUAUGAUUGGCCCCCUAAAUGCUGCUUAUGCCAAGCUGUUUUAGACGAGGGUUCUGGUGAAACAACUCGGUUGGGUUGCAUGCAUGUAAUACACACAAGUUGUUUGGUUUCACAUAUCAAAAGCUUUCCUCCACAUACAGCACCAGCUGGAUACGUGUGCCCAUUGUGUUCAAUACCGAUAUGGCAUCCGAAAAAUGUUAAAGACUCGGGAUCUCGUUUCUAUUCAAAGCUGAAGGAAGCUAUUAUCCAGGCAUGUCUUUCUGUCAUAUCUUUGGGGAUCUAUUACUGCAAAGAAGUCAUUGUGACGGGUCUAGAGAAGAACCUGUUUGGAAACCAUCCAGUUUCCUUACCGCCACCACCUCCUGCAUUUGCAACUGAUCCGUUGGUUUCUAUUUCUCCUUCGUCAUUGUUGGCAAAAGAUGAUCCAAGUAACUCGGGUGAGGGAUACUCGAGUGUCUCCGGAAUGAUGCCAUCUAAGAUUUCAAUACCAGACAUUGUGGAGAUUGAUAGUUCCAGUUCUGGGGCAAAUUAUUUGAACAAUUCUAGUCCAGCUGCUGUAAGAGCUUUUAUCUUAUAUCUCACACCUGUUGCAACUACUAGAAAAGGCGGUAUCCAUUACGAGAGGCAAAAUUCAGAAAUUUCAUACUAUGCAGAUGAUGAAGACGGGAACCGAAAAAAGUACUCUCGAAGGGGUCCAAUCCAACAUAAGUUCCUCAGAGCAUUGCUCCCUUUCUGGUCAAGUGCAUUGCCAACUUUACCAGUGACUGCCCCUCCUCGUAAAGAUGCUACAAAUGCUGACGAUACCCCUGAUGUCCGCACAAGGCACCAGAGAUCAUCAAGGAUGGAUCCCAGAAAGAUACUUCUCUUCAUAGCAAUCAUGGCAUGCAUGGCGACCAUGGGAAUACUGUACUACAGAAUCGCACAACGGGGUUUUGGGGACGAGCCAGGUGACGAGCAGCAGUAAGCCUUUUUCCAAAGGUUUGAUGAACUUCAACGACGGUCAGCUGUAUUGCUAUACACCUAGCCAAUUAGAAUGGCACCUUCUUUUUCGUUCCUUCCUUUACGCAUGUCUCCUCCAAUGUUUGCUGCUUGUGUAUGGGUGAUACGGAUGAACUGUGGGAGAUAAAGGAGGCGAUUGUAAGUGGUAAAAAGCUCGGUAGCAAAUUACUCUCAUCGGCGGAUAAUCUUCAGCUUUCUGCCCAGUUUUCUCCGUUUUAAGGCACCUUCAGCCCCUCUGUUUUCUUGUCAUUUUUCCCUGUUUCGAUUUUUCGGGUCUGUUUAGAGUUGAAUUGGGUGAUCGGAUUAGGUCAAGGAUUGGAGAGCUUCAGUUUUCUCUCAACUAGCUUGAACCCAGCCUGUUGGUCGGAAUAUGUAAGUUUCUUUUUUCUCAUAAGUUACGCUCAAUGCAGAUUUGUAUUAGGAUGCAUAUAACUUAACUGAAUCCUUUUAUCCAUCACAUAAUCGAUAUAAUGGGAGUUUCCUACCAA